GGGAGCUUGUCGGGGAGGAGAGGAGAGAGAGGAGGAGCCGAGGAGGAGGAGGGCGCCGCUCCGGCCGGCUUGGGUGAGUCGGGUGGGUGGAGGAGGAGGAGAGAUGGCCGGCCGGUCGAUGGCGACGGCGGCGGUGAAGGACAAGUCCAGCUUUGCCGUCACCUGUAGCCUCCUCAGCCAGUUUCUCAAGGAGAAGAACAAGGGCGGGCUGCAGGGGCUCGGCCUCGGUGCGCCGCCGGCGCCGGCCACCGUCGGAGCUGGAGGGGAUUUCCGGCCGCCGACCACCAUGGACCUGCUGUCAGGGCUCGAAACGCCGGCCGCAGAACCAAACCCGGCAGAUUCCAUGCGCCAAGCUGGCACUGAACCGCCUCCCAAGCCACCAGCCGACCGGCAAAGUGAUGAAAAUAAUGCAAGGGAGGCAGCUGUAGAGCAGGCUCAGCAGCUGACCAUCUUCUACGGCGGAAAAGUUGUCGUCUUUGACAACUUCCCGUCCGCCAGGGUCAAGGAUCUCUUACAAAUCGUAAGCGCAGGCGAUGGCGUGGACAAGAACACCGGCACCGCAGCAACGCCCCGACCCGCACAGAACAAUCUUCCUGAUCUGCCGAUUGCGAGGAGGAACUCACUCCACAGGUUUCUUGAGAAGAGAAAGGGCAGGAUUAAUGCGAAUGCGCCAUACCAAGCUAUUGCGCCGUCCAAGCAAGCUAGCGUUGACAAAUCUUGGAUUGGGUUCGGCCAAGAGGUGACAAUAAAGCAGGAGAUGUGAGCUCAUUGUCAGUUGAUCUGUGGUGAUGACUGAUGAGAUUCGUGGAUGCUACUGAUAGUGUAUUUUCUCCGUAGCUUCAAAGCAAGAAUAAUUCACAGGUGGUUAAUUACUCUAUAUACUGCAUUAGUACCGGUGAGAAGUUAGGAAGUACUAAGCUGGUGGUUAGUUCUGCCUGGCCAUUGGCAUCCUGAAAUAUGUACAAGUAUAAGCAUACAGGUUGUUUGUUCUCCCUGAUGUUUGCUGCUGGAGCCGUAUGCUCACUGCAGUUUGGCUGUAUAGGCUGGCUUACCUACCUCAGCCUCAGCAUGUUUAGGGAAUGAACGCUGUGUGUGCAAGUUCUUCGUUUCUCACUCGGUUUAGCCGUUUAAAAUUACAUUA